AUGGUUCGCGUAAGAUUUGGUGAUUUGGAUGAUUCUGCUUCCCCCACACCCUCCUCCUUGCUCCCUCUCCGCCUUACCCCCACCCCCAACUUCUUUCCCACCUCCGCCUUCCUCCCACCUCUGACCUCCCCCACCUCCCCUUUCCCCCACCUCUGCCUUCCCCCCAUUUUCGCUUCCCUUCACCUCCGCUUCCCCCACCUCCGACUUCCUCCCACCUCCGCCUUCCCCUCACCUCCGCCCCCACCUCCGACUUCCUCCCACCUCCGCCUUCCCCUCACCUCCGCCCCCACCUCCGACUUCCUCCCACCUCCGCCUUCCCCUCACCUCCGCCUUCCCCCACCUCCGCCUUUUCCCCACCUCCCACCGCUUCCCCACUGGAACAGGAGGGGGUUCCUCUUCCUCCCUCUCCACGGGGGUGGUGGUGGGGGUGGUGGUGGGAGCGGUGGUGCUGCUGCUGGGAUUGGUCCUUCUAACGGUAUCAAUGAGAUGGCGUGCAAGAACCACGGCGACCUCGUGCGGCUCCUGUGGUACUGCAUCAAUGAGAUGGCGUGCAAGAACCACGGCAACCUCGUGCGCCUGCUGGGGUACUGCCAAACCAUAGGCGCGGCAAAUGAGAAGAUAGAGCAGGUUCUCAUCUACGAGUUCAUGCACAACGGUGACCUCGAGAGGUGGAGUGGCCCAGGUGGGUGCUGGAUGGAGUGCGUUGAUACCCUGGAUCGCUGA